AUCAACGUGCUUGCCUGUCUGUUCUUGACCUCUCUCAAAAGGCAUCGUUUUUCACUCUGUCCGGGGCGCCAGCAAGGACGCCGAGUCAAGCUUUUGCGGAAGGGGACGCAAGCAAUCGAGGUGCAAGCUGGUGGGCGAGCUAGCUAGCUGGCCAGCUGGCUGGCUUUUCUGCCUUAUUUGCUCUGCCCUUGUGGCCAUUUUCUUUCUCUCUCACGCACACACCCUUCUGAUCCUUUCUGCGUGAGCUCUACCGGGCCACUCGCAAAGCGCACACAAGCUCGCCCAAGAUGAUGUCCGCACCCGCUCCGUAUCCGUCCGUCGCGUCGAACCUGCCGGCGCCGGACGAUGCACAGAUCGAGUCGCGUAUGCCGUCGAUCUGCGUCGACUACCUCUCCCACAAAUGGACCGACGAGGACGUGUGGAGCAGCUGGAAAGUGAUGACCAAACGCAAGAACGAGAUCGCAAACGGCGUCCGCUUGGAGAACGCUAGUUGGAGGACCUGGGCCAAGCAGAGGGGCAACCUUAAGACCAUCAGUCCCGAGACUCUAAACUGGCUCAAAGACUCGGACGUCACGUGGCUCUACGGCCCGCUGCACGAGCACGCCGAGCCGGUGCCGCCACCCAAGGUUGCCUCAGUCAGCGAGCGCUUCGGGCUCGAUGACGGUGGCAGCGCCUGUGCCAGCCUCGCCGCUGGAGGCAAGGACGGCAGCCCGCAGAUCACGUCGCCAACGCUCGAGCGCACAGGGCAUGCGUUUGGCAGCAGCGGACGCUCGACAGUGGUACCAGUAGCAGGGCUCAACGGCCGGUCCGCCGCCAGCAGCGGUGGCACUGCCGACCCGGGCGCCGAGGUAUAUCUCGGCACCAAGGGCAGUGCGAGUGUCAGUGCUGCUCUUGCUGUCGCCGACAGUAGCCAGCAGCAGCAACAGUUAAUCAACGGCGCUCCCAUAGUAUUGUCCCCCGGCACGCUCCCGACGCCGGGCUCGACGACGAUCUUAAGCAGCCUCGGCACGCCGACAGCCGGCUCCGGCGGCAGCGGCAGUACCGCCGCGGGUUAUGCGGCGGGCUACGUAAACAACAGCGGCAAAAAGUCCAUCCUCAAGCACCGCACCAUCUCUGACAUUCUCUCGCACCCCGGCCGCAUGGCCAACCCCGGCAGCGGAGACAUGAUGGCGCUCUACCCGCCGAGCGUCGCGUAUGCGUACCACCAGCCGCAGCAGCAGCAAACACAAGCUCAGCAGCGCGCCGCAGUCGAGGUCGCAGUCAAGGAGCGCCAGGCGUGCGACGACGCGAUGAUCGCGGGCAACCUGAGACAUCCGCACCAGGACCCGCUGUGCGGCGCAGGCAGUAGCGCCAAUGCCGGCAUCCACGAGUCGCGCUCAGACAGCAACCUUGCGCAGAUGGUCGGCACCCAGCGCGGUUCCCCGCCCCCUACGCUCGGCGCCAGCGGCGCAAGCACGCCGUCGUCCGACUCGGGCUCGCCCCCGCUAACUGGCUCGUCAGCAUCAACAGCAGGCCGCGCGUGCAACUCGGCGCUCGCCAACUUCUCCUUGCGCUUCCUGCCUGUGUCCAAUCGGCGCGUCGACGGCACCGACUCGGCCGGCUCGCCGAACGACACUGCAUCCUCGUCAGCCGGCGGCUACGGCGCACGCGAGAAGCGGCACAUCUCGUUUAACCAGCGCGUCGAGCAGUGCAUCGCCAUCGACCACGAGCAGUACGCUGCCGCUGCCGCUGCCGCUGCCGCCGCAGCUGCGGCUGCGGCUGCGGCGGCAGCAGACGCGCAUCGUUAUUCGAGCGGCGCUCAGUUUGAUUACGAUGAUGAUGAUGACGAGGAGGACGGGGAGGAUGAGGAUGAAGAAGGAAAAGAAGAGGAGGAGGGAGAAGAGGAUAACGACGAGGAUCAGCACCGACAUGCCGGACUGGUCAACGACGAUGAGGAUUCGGCACGUCAUGGUGCUGCCUCCGGCGCUACUUCUCGCCCCUCGCGUGGUGGCGGUGGCGGAGACGACAGCAGCGACGAGGAUGAUGAGCUGCUAACGAUGAAGUCGUCCCCGCGCACGUCCGGCUCGGAUUCCGGCUCAGACUCUUCUGCGCCGUCGUUCGGCGCGAUGCGCUCUACUACCAACAGCAGCAACAGCAGCAGGUCAUCAGGCGCGACUACGCAUGACUCGCACAGCGCGCGCUACUCGUCUACCUCGUCGCACAGCGAAGGCGGUACGAGCAACUCGCGCUCCACUUCGCCGGCCUACUCAAUCAUCGCCAAGCUCGCGCCGACGCGCCUCAAGACCAGCGAGGCUUACCCUUCACCCAGCCCCGCCGUCGUCGACCCGACCGGCUUCACCACCGGUGCACACACCGACUGGGUCCAGGGCGGCGGCUUCAGCGCCGGCGUGCAGACGUACCCCGAUCCAGGCACGUACGGGCCUAUCCUACAGCCCGGCGCUGCGGCAGCAGCAGCAGCAGCGGCGGCGGCAGCUGCCAACAGCUCGGGUGGCCAUCGAUUCUCCUCUUCCGUGUCUGCUGUGGCUGUCACGCAGACUUUGCCAACCACGGUCACGGCCAAAGCGUCGUCCGGCGCCGUAGGCAGCAGCCACUGGGGUGAUGCCGACGACGACCUGCAGUCUGCAGGUGACUUUGACUACUUUAGCGGGCCUGACCUCGGAGACGACUACCAGCCUGCACCGGGGCAGAGCAUCAGCUCCCGCACUGUUGCUACUGCCAGAGCUGUUGGUAUAGGUGCACCUGCGCAGCAGCCGAACUCGGCGUUCGGACCAGCCUCCGCAGCAGAGUACGGCGGCAGCCAGCCGGGCUCAUCCUCCUUCUCACCGUCUGGCUCAUCCGCCACGCAGUCCGAUGGCGACGCUGGUAGCAGCGCGAGCGCCGCCUCCACCUCUCCCGAGCACGUGGGCAACGCUGCUAGCGUUUACAAAGGCUUCGCUACGCGCCGACGGCCACCCGUGCCCGCUGGCGCGGGUGCAGACUUUGAUGCGCACCCGGACGAUGCGCCGCCGUACACUUCCAUCGCAUCGGCCAACAUGGGCGGCGAGGACGACGUGUACGCACACGCGCCCGGCGCGAUUCAGAUCAUGCGCAAUGGCAGCAGCACCAGCACUAGCAGCGGCGCCGGUGCAUUCGACGAAAACGCGGUAGAAUCGCGCGGGCGGCCCUCGCAGCGUCUCGGCAGCUCCGCGUCGUACGAGCGCAUUCAGGAUGCCGCGCGGGUGCCGCGCAGCAGGAGUAGCAGCAACAAUGGCAGUGCCGCCGGUGGCAGCGGGAGUGCAUCGCUGUCGCCAGCCGGCAGCUUUGAUGGCUCGCAUGGCGCAGCUUGCCGUGGUGCUGCCGGCAAAGGCGCCGAGCGCUCAGGCGCCCCGUCGCCACAGUCGUAUCGAUCAUCGGCUGCCCCGUCAAAAGGGAACGGCAGGCGGUCAGCAGGCGCUGGCGGCCACGGCCCUCCUCCCUCCUCUUCUGCCUACGCCGCCGCCGCUUCACGCCCGAAUGUCGACUCUGACUCGGACAACCGCGGGUCGUUCGACAUCGCAAGUCCCAACUUCCCCGCCAGCCCCGUUCUCGGUCAGGGCUCUGAUUUCGACGCAGCCCUGUACGGGAACAGUAGCGGCAGCUACUGGUCGGACAACAACUCAUCUGCUUCUGGCGACAAAGGAUUCUCGGCCUCCUCCGCUGCGUCGACAAAGAGCAAGGAGGCUCAAGCGGCCCGACAAAAGUACCAACGCUCCAUUGGGCAAUCUGCCGGAGCGUCCGCCAGCGAGCUGAGCGUCGAUACGGCCAACGUACCCUCGAACAAUCCCGCCAGCCCGCAGGAAGUCGGACCGACGCCGCUCAACACACCGACGUUUGCGCUCGCGCGCUCGCGGAGCAGCAGCGGUAGCGCCGGCACGUCUAUCUCAGGCGGGCCGAACAGCCCCGUCGUCCCGCGGAAGCCAAACUCGACCGGCGCACUUGUCGCGCCGAGGAGAGAGGACGGUGUGCGCGUGCCGCUCGCAGACGACUAUGUGGAUGAGGAUGAAGGCGGUCUGAUUGGACGCGCGGUCGAGAUCGUCAACACCGCGCGCGACCUCAUCGGUGCGUUGCUUGGCACAGGCGGGGAUCGGGCGCGGUCAUGGAGGGAGUAGCCUGGUGUGGCGGGACGAGCAUGACCAUGAACGAGCGUAGAUUCAGAAGAGGAGGGAUUCCCUCCCACCGGGUACACAGGCACCCUGGCUCACAGUGCUAGAGCAACUUUUGACCAGAAAAGAGAAAGCAAGAACACGAUACCGCACCUAUAUCGCAAAAU